AUGUCGGGAAACCAGGAAGAAAUUGACAAUCCUCUUCAGGAAUGUUUUCAUAAUAUAGAGAGAAUACAAGCUAAUUUCACAGGGAGGAGAAGCCAUAGAAAAGCAGAACGCAGUGAUGACUUUGAUUGCACACUAUGCUUGAAAUUACUAUAUGAACCUGUCACAACUGCUUGUCGGCAUUUCAUGCCUAUUUCAGUCAAUGGAUCGAUGAGUUCCACCUAUUAUAGAUUGAGUCUGGCAUUCUCACUUCUACAGAGUAUAACAAUUAGUGGAUUUGUGUGUCAUAGCCUUCAGAGUUUACCAAGAUUGUUUGCUUCAGUUCUGACACCUUCAAUACAAAAGAAAUUCACAGAGGAAUUUGCCGAAAGGAAGUUGGAGAAUGAUACAAUGACAAACUUUGGUGUUGGUUUGAUGCCACUCUUUUUAAUGGAUGGUGUCCUUCCAUUUCAGAAGUUUCCGCUACCCAUUUUUGAACCUCGGUAUGGACUUAUGGUUAUCAUUGAUUCUUCAAGAGGUUCAAUAGCUGAUUUUGCUUGUGAAGUGGAAAUUACCAAACAAUUUGAGGGACUUCUCGGCGUGGAAGCGCUGAUGCCUUCACUACAAGAUCCUAAGCCUUGCUUCUUUAUCAAACCAGCAUCCUCAAGAAAGGUUGGAUCUCCUACGCUUGAGAGAUACAAGAGAGGUAUUGCACUUUUCUCCCCUCUUAACGUUGGGAAUUUCAAGUGCAUGUGGAGUACACAACGCAAACUGAUAUAUCUCAUAGCAAAAGAGCAAGGUUGUCAAGUGCAAUGA